AUGACAGGUGAAGAUAAAGUUAAAGAAAAAGCUUCCAAGACUCGCAAAUCAAAACAUCUCAAACGUUUAACUCCACAAAUGACAUCUCAUGAUGCACCUCCUCAUAUAGCAUCUCAUGAUGCACCUCCACAUGUGACAUCUCAUGAUGCACCUCCUCAUAUGACAUCUCAUGAUGUAUCUACUCCUGUUGAACCUUCUCAUAAGAAAUUACAUGUUACACUUCCUCCCAAGACAUUGAAUUUUGCAUCUCUUCAUAGUACAUCUCAUGUUGCACCCUCUUCAAGCACAUCUCGUGUUGCACCUCUUUGUAGGACAUCUAUUACUAGGAAAUCUAAUGGCCCACCUCAUACUAUGACAUCUUUUACUAGGACAUUUAAUGGCCCACAUCCUUAUGUUGCACCUCCUACAAGGGAAUCUGCUACUAGAACAUCUAAUAUUCCUUCUUCUCAUGUUGCAUCUACUAAUAGGACAUCUAAUGCCUCACUUCCUCAUGUUGCAUCUGCUACUAGGACAUCUAAUGUUCCACUUCCUCAUGUUGCAUCUGCUACUAGGACAUCUAAUGUUCCAAUUCCUCAUGUUGCAUCUGCUAUUAGGACACCUAAUGUCCCACUUCCUCAUGCUGCAUCUGCUACUAGGACACCUAAUGUCCCACUUCCUCAUGCUGCAUCUGCUACUAGGACAUCUAAUGUCUCAAUUCCUCAUGCUGGAUCUGCUACUAGGACAUCAAGUGUCACACCCCCGUCUACAAUAAGAGGGGUAACAUCACCAUCUAUUUCACAACCUUCUGAUUCUGAUGGGGCACAAACCCCAAGAUCAAGUGAAACUGUCGUUCCAUCCGAGACACAAAGUAAUGGCGGAAAGCAAACCUUAUACCUUGACUUACAAGGAUUUUUGCCUUCAUAUGUUGCGGCUAGUGGGAUUGGAGAUAUCAUUAGGAGUAACUAUAUUAUGCCAUGGAACUCAUGGAAGAAGAUACACAGUGAUACGAGGGACUUGUGGUUUGGAGAGUUUAAGAAAAAGUAUAAUUUUGUUCCACCGGAUGAUGCAUGGGCUAGAAAGAACUUUGAAAGACGAGGUGCAACAAUAAUGAAAAAUAACUUAAACAAGGUUCGUGUCACAAGGAAAAGACCAAGUUGGAUUGAUCUGAAUAUGUGGAAUACACUAUGUGAGAAUUGGGGAACUUCAGAAUAUAAGAAAAAGAGUAUGCAGGCAAAAACAAAUCGAGCAUUUGACUGUGGAGGUUUUGGAAUGCCCCUUCACACUUGUGGCUCUAUCACCACUUCCCAACAUAGAGCUAAUUUGAUAGUAUAUGCAAUGACGAAACUGAAUGGCACUCCUCCCGCUCCUUCAGAUUUGUUUGUUCACACACACCAACAUCGCAGGAAUAAUACUUGGGUUGAUCGAAGAUCUGAACAUGUUUAUGAAGAAUUAACUCAACAAGAAUCUUCGCAAGGAGCUCUGCUACCAAAAGAAAUUGAUGUAUGGACUGAAGUUGCGGGAAUAAGGAAAGGACAUGUGUAUGGCCUUGGGAGUGAAUCUUCUUCAUUUGCAAGCAGGCGAAAUUACCGUGGUUCAAGUUCCUCGUCAAUAGAAUGGGUGCAAAGCUUAAACUUUCGGCCCAAGCCAUAUAUUAGAGAUCAAGUUCAUGAAGAUGAUGUGGUUGAUGAUAAUGAUGAUGUGGCUGAUGAUAAUGAUGAUAUGUGUUAUAAUAAUGAUGAUGUGCCUAAUGAUGGUGAUGAAUUAGUUCAAGAAUGA